AGUUUUCACUUUCUGUGUUUCUUGAUUAUGAUGCUAUCUGGUGCAUGAAAGGGAGCUUUGGCGUAAUGUUGUUGCCAUGCGACCAGGAGGUCAUGGGUUCGAGCCGUGGAAACAGCCUCUUGCAGAAUUGCAGGGUAAGGCUGUGUACAAUAGACCCUUGUGGUAUGGCUCUUCCCCGAACCCCGUGCAUAGCGGGAGCUUAGUGCACCGGGCUGUCCUUUGAUGCUAGCUGGUGUAUGUAUUCCUAUUGCUAUGACAGAAUUGUGCCUUCAAUAGAAGUGUUAGAAGUUGCUAUAUUGUCUUACUUACUGUUCAUUUUGAAGAAUCUUCUUUUCUCAUAAUCUAACAUGCUUCAGUGAUGAAUAAAAAGGGUAGCCUGGUGCACUAAGCUCCUGCUAUGCGAGGGUACGGGAUGGGUCGAACUUCAUUGGGUCUUAUAGAAGGAUCGCGAACUAGGAGCAGCUCAAAGUGAAAUUAAGGCUCUGAAAGCAACAGAAGUGCUCAAAGACAAGGCUCUUGAAGAGCUUGGAAAUGAAUUUCAGAGAUUGGAGGGAAAGCUGAAAAUCAACGAAAUGCUUCUUGAACAAAAGAAUCUUGAUAUCAAACGACUCGCUAAUGAGAAGAAAGAAGCACUGGCUGCACAAUAUGCUGCUGAAGCAACACUUAGAAGAGUAUAUGCAGAUCAGAAAGACGAUGAUGCACCUCCCCUCGAGUCCAUUAUUGCUCCUCUCGAGGCAGAGAUUAAGAUGUAUAAGAAUGAGAUUGCAGCAUUACAGGAGGAUAAAAGGUCAUUGGAUCGACACACUAAGUCGAAAGAAGCAGCUUUGCUUGAAGCAGAAAUGAUACUAAAAAGUGCUUUAGAAAGGGCAUUAAUAGUAGAGGAGAUUCAAAAUCAGAACUUUGAGCUUAGAAGACAGAUUGAAAUCUUCCAGGAGGAAACCAAAAUACUUGAUAAGACGAACCGUCAAAAGAUUCUUGAGGUGGAAAAACUUAGCCAAACCAUUAUAGAGCUUGAGGAGGCAAUUCUUGCUGGAGGAGCAGCAGCUAAUAGACUUCGCGACUACAAACGACAAAUUUCUGAAUUACAAGAGGAAAAGAGGACAUUGGAAAGGGAACUAGCAAGAGUUAAGGUUUCAGCAAACCGAGUAGCAACUGUCGUGGCAAACGAAUGGAAAGAUGAGAAUGACAAAGUUAUGCCUGUAAAACAGUGGCUAGAAGAGAGAAGGCUGUUGCAGGCUGAGAUGCAACGACUGAAAGACAAAUUAACUAUAUCAGAGAGAACAGCCAAGGCAGAAGCACAACUAAAGGAUAAGCUGAAACUGAGACUCAAGACACUCGAAGAAGGCUUGAAACAAGCGUUCAACGUCUCUGUCAAUCCCAAUAGAAACCAUGGAUCCACAAAAAUUCAAAAGACCAAACAUUUUUUUGGUGUUCUGUCAAACAAUACCGGAGUAAAGAAGAGAUCGACAUCACAACCAAGGGUAUCCACCAUUAGCCGAAUCACUAAGCAGGAAAAUACGGAUCAAAGAAGCGAUGAUACUUCUGGAGAAAUGAAGCAAGUCAUUGGUCUGAAAAAGAAGAGCUUAUGGGAUUCUCGAGAUAAGAACGUUGAGAGUGUUGGAAAAGAAAAUGCAGAAAUGAAUAGCAAAGAAAUCACACACACACAGAAAAUCAAGAAUCCAGGAGAUGACGAAGAAGAAAACAAGACUAGUCGAAGCAUGGAGAGCGAUAACGAUGAUAUAGUAUCAGGUUUUUUGUAUGACAGGCUACAGAAAGAGGUUAUCUGUUUGAGGAAAUUUUGUGAGACAAAGGUAUCUGCUUUGAAUACUAAAGAUGAAGAAAUUAAGGUGAAGUCUUACCAUAAACAAAACUCUCUUGCAUUUUUUUAUCAUAAAGUCCUUACACACACUUUAUCAUCUUCCUUUUAUCAUUUAUCAAUCUGUUUGGUGUUUUCAGAUGCUAACUAAGAAAAUCGAGACGCUGUCAAAAGCUAUAGAAGUCGAAGCAAGAAAAAGAAAAGUUAAGCAACAAGGUCAGUGAAAACAUCUUGAAGAUUCAUGUAAAAAAGCAGAAAAAGUGAUCUUGGUUCAUCAGUCUUGACUCUUGCAUUUAUUGUAUAUAGAAAAAGGUGACAGUAAUCACAGGAAUAAAGAUCCAAAAUUCAUUUGUAAUUUGUAGAGUGAGUGACUAACUCUGUCACAACUAGAUGGUAAUUCUUUUGUUUUGGUUUCUUACUUUUCCCCCAUUGUCCAGGUCCUUGUACAGUUAUUUUCAGCUUUAGAUUCAGAUGAAUAAGAAUAAUUGAAAGUUUGAUCUUUUUUGUUAA